AUGAACCGGCCAGCCCGACAGAGGGCGUAUACUCGUCGCUCCCGCACAGGAUGUCAGACCUGUAAAACCAGAAGGAUCAAGUGCGACGAGACCCCAGGAUCGUGCAAGAACUGCAGCUCGACGGGCCGGACAUGCGAAGGGUACGAGACGGCCCGCCUCCCGAUCGUCACCAAGAAGGGCAAAUUCUAUACCCCGUCCAUUCACAUCAUUGAUAUCAGCUUUCCCAGCAUGAGCUCUGAUGAGCGGAGAUGCAUCAGCUUCUUCCAGACUCGCACCAUGCCAAUGCUGGUCAGCUUUUUCGAAUGGGAAGUCUGGCGACGUCUCGCACUGCAGCUAAGUCAGGCCGAGCCAGCGGUCGGACAUGCCCUGGUCUCCUUGAGUGCCAUGCAUGCAAGCUCCGAGACGAACGGUAUGUCUCGGAGCAAGGCCAUCAAGCAUCGGACUCAACACCGUCGUUUCGCCAUCGAGCAAUACGGUCGCGCCUUGUCCGCCCUUCGCCGCCGUCUGACCUCACAAGACCCGCACGUUGCCGUGAUUGCGCUCGUCUGCUGCGUGGUAUUCACCUACCUCGAAGUCCUCCAGGGCAACAACGAGAACGCCUGCGCCCAUCUCACCAACGGACUCCAGAUCCUGUCCGGCGAGAAGGGCGACGCAGCCCGCGCGAUCGUCCACGACAAACUGCAGGACUACCACCACGCCGACGGGCCGCCGGCCAUGACGCCGCAAAUGGCCCUGCUAGCCGCCAUCGCGCACCUCGACAUCCAAAUCCAAGUCCACCGAUACGUCUCGCGGCAGAGGGACACCAACGGGGUACGGGGCGCCAACCACCAGCCCCUGCGCUUCCGCACCCUCGACGAGGCCUGGCGCGAGCUCGACCCCAUCGCCGACAACGCCCUGGGCUACCUGACCCUCGUGCAGCGCGCCCUCCAAGACCCUGGAAUCAUCGAUGUCUUCCCCAUCCUCAUCGCGCAGCGCAAACUCGCCACCCAGCUCGAAGAGCACAUCGCCGCCUUCACCGAGCUAGCGACCACCCAGCUCCGCCACCCAACCCCCAAGCAAGCCCGCUGCAUGAACCUGAUCCAGAUGCAGCACCGCAUCCUCAGAACCCACACCUACCGCGCCCUCCGCCUCGAGGCCGAGUUCGGCCCACGCAACCUCCCCUCCCUCGUCAUGGACAUGGUCAUCAUCCUCCCGCUCACCUGGAUCGCCCUGAAAUGCCGCGACCUGCCCACCCGCCGCCGCGCCGUGCAGCUCCUCCGCCGCUGGCCGCAUUUCGAGGGGCCCCACCACACCAGCACGUUUGUGGCGCUCGUCGAGGGCGCCGUGGAGCUGGAGGAGGCCCGGCGCGAUUCCCGCACGGGGCUCAUUCCCGCCGAGGCGCUGGUGGCGGACGUCUCGGUCGUGCAGAGGGAGGGCGCGCCGCCGGUGUUGGGGUAUACCCUGGCGCAUCUGGGGGGACCGUAUCUCGAGGUGCCGUUUCCGGUGGGUGAUUGGGGGGAGUGUUUAGGGAUAUGGCUUUAG